UACCAUUUUAUGGUUACAACUCGAGUCAGAGCCGGCUUUAUGGAGAAGAAAAGUUUAGUCGAACAUUUUAUCAAAUAUCGAGUUGAAAUUCGUACAUUUUACAAUAAUAAUAACUGCUCCAUCAAAUAACAUUUUAUAUUUAAACAGGUGUUCGUCCAAUGUCACGUGAAUCAAGCCUUUUAAGUACAUACAUACAUUGCAUGUAAAGGAUGUAACAACUAAACGUCAAACAUAACAUGUAAUGCACACAUAUGAAGUUAAUUUAAAUUCAUCAACGGUACAAGUUUGUGCACACGUACUGUACCUUAUUUUCCAUGACAUCAGUUGAAUCCGGCUAUGUGAGCUCAGAAGCUUCUUAUCUAUAACAUCUGAAAUUAAAAAUCAAAAACGUAGCAUAUAACGAUUAUAUGAGUAUAAGAAUAAACGUACAAAGAUGACAUCAAGAUUUACUGAAGUCAAGUUGGGACCUCCAAUAGAAGUUUUUGCCCUUCAGAAAGCAUUUUUAGAAGAUAAUUACGAAAAAAAAGUAAAUUUAUCUAUAGGAGCUUUUCGUACCAAUGAAGGAAAACCUUGGGUAUUACCAGUUGUUCGAAAAGUUGAAAAAUCUUUAGCUGCAGAUGAACUACAAAAUCAUGAAUACCUUCCAGUUUUGGGAUUAGAUGCUUUUAGUCAUGCAGCAACAAGUCUAUUGCUGGGUGCAGAUUCACCUAUAAUUGCACAAGGUCGUGCUUUUGGUAUUCAAACAUUAUCUGGUACUGGAGCAUUACGUGUUGCAGCUGAAUUUUUGAGUCGUAUUUUACAUUAUGACACCUUUUAUUAUAGCAAGCCAACAUGGGAGAAUCACAAACUUGUAUUCGUAAAUGGAGGAUUUAAGAAAGCUUGUGAAUACACAUAUUGGAAUCCAGAUACUCGUGGCAUUAAUAUAGAAGGAAUGCUUAAAGAUCUUGAGGAUGCUCCAGAGAAUGCUGUAAUUAUUUUUCAUGCAUGUGCACAUAAUCCUACUGGAUGUGAUCCAACUCCUGAACAAUGGUCAAAAAUAGCAGAUGUAGUUGCAAAAAAACGUUUGUUUCCACUUUUUGAUAGUGCAUAUCAGGGUUUUGCAAGCGGUGAUAUAAAUAAAGAUGCAUUUGCUGUAAGAUUAUUUGCUGAUCGUGGAAUAGAACUUAUGUGUACACAAAGUUUUGCUAAAAAUUUUGGAUUGUACAAUGAACGAGUUGGGAAUUUAGUAACUGUUGUUUCAAAUAUAAAAGAAGUACCUCAAAUUAAAUCCCAGUUAACUUUAAUUGUUCGUGGAAUGUACAGUAAUCCACCCAACCAUGGAGCAAGGAUAGUGGCAACUGUAUUGCGAAAUCCAGAUCUUUUCAAAGAAUGGAAAGGCCAUAUACUUACUAUGUCUAGUAGAAUAAAAGAAAUGAGGACAAGUUUGUAUGAAAGACUGGUUAGAUUAGGAACUCCUGGUUCUUGGGAACAUAUUACUCAACAAAUAGGAAUGUUCUCUUAUACUGGUCUCACUGAGAGACAAGUUGAACAUUUAAUAAAUCAAUACCACAUUUACCUAUUACGAAGUGGUCGAAUAAAUAUGUGUGGGCUUAAUGAUACUAAUUUGGAUUAUGUGGCAAAUGCAAUCUAUGAAACCGUUUUAUUGUUUCCUCAGCAUAAGACAAAUUGUACGUGUUAAAAUGGAUGAUUGGAACAACAAGCUGCUUGUCAUAUAAUAAGUAUGAGAUACUGCAGUUCUAAAAUUGAAAAUAUUGUUAAAGCAUGGCAAUAUUUUAUGUGCAUUCAAGUUAGAAAUGUCAACUUAGAAGUGUUAAAAUUUCAUACGAAUUUUCUUUUUGUUAUGAUUUUAUUAAAAUCUUUUAUUUUCGUUACAUAGUUAUUAUAAUGUCUAGAUAUCAGGAUAUUUAGGAUUGCUUUUAAUCAAAACAUCGGGAUAUUUUGUUUACAAAAUUUUAUUACUGAAAAGUUCAAAAGAUAACACGAAUUCUAUUCUAUGGAAGAACCAUAUCAUUCUUUUAUGAAACGCCUUGUAUAUAAAAGUACAAAAUGUUACAAAGUAUUAUGAAUUGCCAAAUUUUACAAUCGCUUAUUAUUAAAGUGUUUCAGUUGAGCUUAAUAGUUUAUAGGGUAACAAUAAAUAUUUACAACAGAUAUUCAUUUUGAUACUAUGUUUUUACAAAGUUUUAAAAUGAAUAAGAUGUUGAUCAUGCAAAUUACUAACAUUUAGUAACUUUCCAUUAAAACAAUAUUAUUUUUUUAAUCAUAUAAAACAAUAGAUUGUUAGAAUUUUUAAAGGAUAUUCAAAAGAUGAGCAUCUUUGUACAUGAAAAUGUUAGUAUCUUUUGUAAAUUUUUUAGAAAAAUAUUUUUUUUUAAAUAUAUAUUUUCUAUAAACAAUUAUUCUUUUUAUAAAAUACAAUAUUGACUAUUCAGUGUUCAAUAAUUUUACAAUAACUAAAUACAUAUAAGCAUAAUUUAUGAAUAAUGAUAUUCACGACUGAAGAAAUAGUAACUAUAAAAUAAAUUAAAACAUAGAACUUAAAUUAUUUUAAUAAUAAGCGAUUAAUUUGUUACUGAAAAUUUAUUAUUUAUCCACAUAAAAAGUAACAUUUUACCAAAGUAACAAAACUAUAAAAAUUUCAAAUGUUACAAUCCAUUGUUACUGUUAGUUCCUGUUUAAAACUUUACCCCAAACAAAAAGAUCAAUUGUCAUUUCAUAUAAUAUGUAAGAAAAAAACUUUAAAUAUAACAAUACUCUAUUUUUUCUAUAGUAAAAAAAGUACAUAUAGCAUUUUCUUAUAAUACAGAUAUUAUUGUAUGUACAUAUAUUAUACAAAAAAAUAGCCAAUUUUGUUUCCUAAAUGCUUCCAGCAGUUUAUGUACUGUACAAAUGUAAAAAGAACUAUGAAAAUUGAUCUAAUGGUCAAUAUUAAUUACAUUCUGUACAUCACUUCCAAUACUAUAUGAUCACAAUACAGUCAGAUUUCUUAUUUCUGCUUCUUUUUACAAUUUUAUUAUAUACAUUCAGUUUGUUCAUACAAUUUAUACAUUAGAAAUAUUUUGAAUAUUAAUAUAUUACAUAAAAAGAGAAUUAUAUACAUUUGUUACAUUUACAGAGUAUAUACAUAUCUACACACAUAUAUAUAUGUAUAUAUAUACAUAUCUAUAAAGAUACAUAUAUUUUUAGUAACAUUAUUAUGCAAUUUAAAGUUAGAAACCUAAAUUGCUCCUUGUUCAAAAAUCUGGACCAAAUUCCAAACUUGAAAAUUCUUGUAAACAUUACUUGAAAGUUUAAAUCAUCUUAUAUGUACUGCCAAAUUUGAUAGCUUGAAUGUGCAAUGAUAAGAAUUACUUUUUUAUGUAUUUACAUGAAGUAAAUAGGAUGCAGAGUACCAUGUGUAUUUUAUAAAGGAGUGUAUAAUUUUGUAAAGAUGAUACAACCAAACACCACCUUAGCUUUAAUGUAUAUGUAGUCAAAAUUAAAGUAUUACCACAGAGAUUUAGGUUUACAUAGAAGUAGAAUUGUAAAGAGUAGAAUUAUAUAUGUAAAUUAUAUAAGUGUUAUGUGUCUUUAUUUGCAUAUCACUAACUACAUAAGAGAUAUAACAAACAAAGUAUUGAUUGUAGAACAAAAUGUAAUAUGAGAGCAACAAUAGAACAUGUACAAGAUU